AUGGCAAAGGCAUACACGCAGGAUGAUUUCGAUGAGUUGAUGGGGAAGGUUCAAAAGGUAGAUAUGCGCGUGGCAGAGUAUUUCGAAUCGGCUGGUAGAGACAAGUGGGCUAGAUUGUAUGUAUCUGUUAACCGAGGGUGGACAAUGACUUCUAACAUAGCAGAGUGUAUUAACCGACAUCUUCUAGUAGCUAGAGAACUGCCUAUAUAUGACUUUCUCGAAGAAGUUAGAAGGAUGUUUGGGAUAUGGAAUUACAAUAACCGGAGAAAUGGAACAUACACAUUCACUACACUCGGUAAAAAGUUUCAGGAGAUGCUAUCAAUCAACGAGUAUCUAUGUCUACGAAUGACGAUGAAAUCCCCGGCAUGCACGGGCGUCAUUAAAAAGAAAAAUCUGGUUGCUGAUGAUUAUUGCUCUAAUUUGUUCAAACUGGAGACCGUGUUGAAGACAUAUGAUGUACCUGUGGAUCCUCUGCCCGACGAGCGUGAAUGGAACAUUCCCAAAAAUAUCUUGGAGGAUGUAGUUUUGUCACCAAGAUACAAGAGACCGCCUGGUAGGCCAAAGAAGAGGCGUGAUAAGCCUUUAAGUGAAUUGUUGUUUGGAAAGAGCAGACAUGCUUGCAGUACUUGUGGACAACUUGGGCACAACAGACGUUCAUGUAGUUUUGAGCCUUUAAGGAAGUGA